AUAAAAACACAACAGAUCCAAAAUGGCCCCCAUUGAUAACAAUUAAUGAGUUUUUGAUUAGAAAUUUACCAUUUUGGUAUUUCCAACAGUUUGAAUGUUGAAAUCUGAAACAAAAACCAUGUCGGGUAAGACUGUGAUUAAAGGUAACCCCUCCCAGUACGUCAAGCUUAACGUUGGGGGGUGUCUUCAUUACACCACCAUUGGAACCCUUACGAAGCACGAUACGAUGUUGCGGGCGAUGUUUAGUGGUAGAAUGGAAGUUUUGUCGGAUUCGGAUGGGUGGAUUUUGAUAGACCGAUGUGGCAAGCACUUUGGGGCUAUUUUAAACUUCCUGCGGGAUGGAAACGUGUCGCUGCCUGAAAGCAGCAAAGAAAUAGCGGAGUUGUACGCCGAAGCUAAGUAUUACUGCAUAGCGGAGCUGGCGGAAUCGUGCACUCAAGCGCUAGCUAAGAAGGAAAGGAGCGACCACGACCCCAUUUGCAAAGUCCCGCUUAUCACCUCGCAGAAGGAAGAGGAGCUGUUGAUAAGUUCGACAACCAAGCCCGCUAUUAAACUUUUAAUCAAUCGGCACAAUAACAAGUAUUCCUAUACAACCACUUCUGAUGAUAAUUUGUUGAAAAAUAUCGAGUUGUUUGAUAAGCUGUCGCUGUGGUAUAGCAAUCGAGUCUUGUUUUUGAAGGACGUGAUUAGUACGAGUGAGAUUUGUUGUUGGGUCUUUUAUGGACAUGGCAAGAAGGUUUCGGAGGUGUGCUGCACUUCGAUUGUGUACGCUACGGAUAAGAAGCACACGAAAGUGGAAUGUCCCGAAGCGAGGAUUUACGAAGAGACGUUGAAUAUUUUGUUGUAUGAAAAUAGAAAUGCCCCGGAUCAAGAAUUAAUGCAGGUUACUACGAGAGGCGCCGUUUCUGGUAUGUCUUCCUACACGAGCGACGAAGAAGAGGAGCGCUCAGGACUCGACCGGCUCAGGUCUAACAAGUCUAAUAAUCAAGCCUAACUAUUGUCGUAUUUGUUUAAACUGGUCGGGUUUGGGCCACAUUUGUGUUAAUUUGUUUGUUGUUUUGGUAUCGCUACCAAGUCUGUUUUGAUAUGAUCUCUGAUUUCCAAAGAUGUGUUCCUUCGUUCAUUUGCUUGGUGAUAUGUUACUAUUGCUGAUGGUGUUUUUCUCAGAAUUUGAUUUUUGGGAGUUUAAAAAACUGUGGCCUAAAUUGCGAGGACUAAUCUAAAGUACAUGUUCAUAUCUGCAACUAAUGAACAGUAUUUAUUUAUAUGCACUUUUAUUGGCGAUUUCUGUCUUCCAUGUCAUAUAAUUUGUAACAACAAAGUGAGUUGUGAUACUGCAGAUUUUAUAAUCUCUUUGUGGUUUUAUGAAUUGCAUGAUGUGUGGCGCAGGACUGGUGCCAAAUUCGAGAGGCAAUUUUAUUAUUACUUUAUUUUUAAUGAAUAAAUAUGCGUAUUGUAUUUCAUGAAAUUACAAAAAGAAACUAAUUGUGUAACGAUUUUGUUGUCAAGUUGUUUCUGUGAUCUUUGAUAAAAUAGUUGUUCUAAUAUUGUAAUACAUAUGUACUGUAAUAAAAAAUAGAAGUGUU